AUGUGAAAAAUAUGUUUUAUGUAAAAACAUUUUGGGUCUUACUUUAGGCAUAAAUAAUGAGUUCCAAACAGCUCUUUUUCAAGGCUUGUUUAAUGAUAUAUAUUUAUGAGGCACUAAAUUCUCAGACAGUCUUCAAUCAUUGGGUAAACGGAACACACCGCUUAUUCUCACAGUCUCACACUUGGUUGCCUACUACUUAGUCUUGAAGCUAAAAUGAUGAGGACAGACCCAUCGAUUUAAUGAACCUGGUUAUGGUCCUUUUGCCCAUAUGCCUUGAAAACAAGUAAUGAUAGGAUUUAGAACACCUUCAAAGUUCUCACCAGGGCACUUAUGACCUUUGAAUGUUCUUUGAAAAGACUCUCACUCCUUGCAAACCGAUUUAGUUGUUUUCAGAGUCAAGUGCACUAAAAGGUCAUGAAUUUGUUUGCUCUGCUUUUCAUAGGCAUCUAUUGCAGAGAAUCUUGGGCCAUCCAGAAAGGAGAACCUGCUUUUCUUGAAUUCGUCACUAAUCAUUGUGUCGAAGAUGGGAUUUCUUACAUUGGCACCGAAUUAGAAGCGUUAGCCAAUAUUCAACCAGAGGUGUGCCAUGAAGCCUGUCAAGUCAAUCCUUGGUGUGACCAUGCUUCUUACACAAUCAGCACAAACCAAUGCUCCUUGAAAGCGAACAAUACCGGACGAACUGAAAAUCCAGACUUCCUGUCCAUUCCAAAACAUUGCAUUCCUAAUUGCUCAAUUGAAGCUGCUGACUUUUGGGGAAAUGAUGUCGGAAACGUGAAUGAUGUCCCAUCCCUCGAAGAAUGCCAAAUUCACUGCCGUGCCAACCCUGAUUGUAUUGGUGCUGCAUGGACCAAACCUUGGGCAAUAGGGCUUAGUCCAAAUGGUUGCUGGAUGAAACGGCUGUUUCGUUUAGGGGAAGAAAUGUACCUAGGACGCUCUGUGGCUAUUUUACGGUUUUGUCCUGAUGCCAUGAUCCAACCCAAUGGUUGGUAUCAAUACCAAAACAAGUACUACAAAUUCAUUGCACUGAACAAUACUUUCGAGAGUGCCAGUGAGGCUUGCCGAGACAUGGAAGCCCAAUUGGUAACUGUGGAUUCACGAGAGGAAUACUUGUUUAUCCGGUCCAUGGCAUUUGCGUUGAGCCAUCACAGUCCCGAUGAAUUUCACGGCAGCUUUCGAUUAGGGUUAUACAAGAACAACUCCAAAUGGGCUUGGAUCAAUGGUUUAAAUGUGGGAUUAUUUGAAGAUUUCUUUUGGUGUUCAUCUCAACCAGACAACAACGAAGCAGAGGUCCAUGCCAAGUUUUGGGAGGGCGAUGGUUUUUGCGUCAUUGAUGAUGUCCCAUCAAUGGAAGAAAACUUCAUUUGCGCCGCUCCAGUUUGUGAUCCACAUGUUGUGAACAAUGCUCAACUUGGAACGUCAGACACAGGCAAUCUUUUGAAGAGGUGCAUCCUGAUUACAAACCAAGAAGAAGGCAGCCAAAAAGGGUGCCUCGGAUCUGAUGCGCAUGGACUUUCCAUUUCCCAAGAGGGGAACCUCAAGGUUAUGUAAGAAGAAUAUACUCGAAGCAUAUGUACAGGUAUGGAUAGUUAGAGUUGAAGACACAAUUCUUUAUUAAUUCUAUUUCCUUUUCAGACGUCACAAUGCACAUGCAUUGAAAAGCCGUAUAAUUCCAAGAGCUGCUUCCGUCGAGUAGUUUAAGCUUCUCCACUUUAUAUGCAGGAUAUAUGUUUAAUUGCAUGUUGUAAAGAAUGUCCUAAUUAAAAGAAUGCGUUGCCGUUUGACUAUAUAUCGAUUUAUGCCUAUUCUACUGGGAAAUACGCUUUGCUUCAAUAACCAGCGAGUAUCACAAUCCUUUAACAAUUACAAAUCUGCAAUGUCCAUUUCAUAACCAGUCUGAAAAUAAUUUUGAAUUGGCCGAAUAUGACCUUGUUAAUAAAAUUGUGUUUCCGAAAAGGGUGAAUUAUGCCUAUAAUGUUUGAGGUGUUUUUUUUUGUUUUUAAUGGCUGCAUGAAUGAACGGGUAGGAGACAAACAAGGUCGUUAAAUACUGCCUAUUGAACGAUUUCAACUUGACGUCAUCAGCUUCAGAAACAACUGCCAUCUGUCGUUCAAAGAAGUGCUAUCUUGCCAAAGUGGCUUGUUUAAGAAUCCAAAUUUGACCCAAUAAAGGCCCUUAUUUGGCGGAUUGCUAAUGACAUCCCAUGAAAGCAAUGUCUU